AUGGGUCGCAGUCCACAAAAUGGCCACCAAGAGCCCAACCGCCGUUCCGCAGCCAUGACCGCCCCAAGGUCACGUGUAAGAAACAACAACCGAAACCAUGGCGUCUCCGCUGCCAGUGAACGUACCCCCGCGGGGCUAAGCCAUCGUAAGACGGGACAGGCCGUGCAGUGGACGCUGUCCGAUGAUAAAGAGCGUUAG